UAAGCUUAGGUUUUAAUAUCAUUCUGAUUCCCUGUGAAUAUAAGCAAAGUCUUGAAUGAGACUCUUGUUCCUGUCACAGAAGUGCUGGCAGGUAACUAGACCUGGAGCAAAGAGGCAAGGACCUCACAUUCUCAGGAAAUAACCCCCACUCCAGGGCACACUGAGGGUUUUCCAAAGUACAGGGAGGAAUCCAUUAGUAGGACAAUAAUCAGUGUGGUAGAUCACACUUUUAAAAAGGAAGUAGAAUAGAAAUAAUAGGCAGCACUCUACAGUAGGGAGGUAUUGCUUCAGGAGGCUUCUCUUUAGUGGUGAGUGUGUGCUCAGGGUCAUAUUAGAAACUGGCUCUCACUGUGGAAAACUACCAGGAGCUGGCAGAACCAGGCCUCCCUGCAUCAUCAAGCAUUGCUGAAGAGCGGCAGGUACAGUCACAGACAGUCUGAAGAUGGACCUGGUGGGCACAAUCCUCCACCUGAGCUUCGUGCUUAUUAGACAUAUAAGCAUUUUCUCUUUUUUAGUUGCCAACAUAUAAAAAGUAGAAGACUCUCAUAGAAGAAUCCAGAUUCAUGACCUCUUAUGAAAAAUCAAGAUCUGGAGAAACUGGGUCCCCAUUCCAAUGGAGAAUGAUUGGAGCUGAGUAGUGCCCAUCCUGUCGCCUAGAAGAUGGCCUGCAGUUCACAUGUGCCCCAGUCUGCUUCACUUAUUUGCCUGUGUGAUCCCUGACAUAGAGGAAGAGCAAAGAAGACCGUGGUAUCCAAAGAAAUGGUCAUGAUGGGGAACUCUAUGGUGGAAAUAAAUGGGACUUAUUUAAGAGACUCAAACACCAUUGGCCAUUUGAAGAGCCACCCUUUUCAACUAACUUAUGAUGGAGGCUUCAGAGAAAUCAAACAGCAAGAAGGGUUCAAAGGAACAACAUCCUUACCAUCUCGUCUCGGAAGUGGAGGGGACCAGGGGAAGAGGCGCGCCAGGGCUUCCUCUUGCCCCAGCAGCUCCGACCUGAGCAGGCUGGAAACCAAAGCAGUCUCAAAAGCCAACUUGCAAGAAAAGGAUACCGAAAUAGAAGUAGAUGAAGUCUUUUGGAAUACAAGGAUCGUACCAAUUUUGCAUGAAUUAGAAAAGGAAGAGAACAUUGAAACAGUUUGUGCUGCUUGCACAGAACUUCAUCAUGCUUUAGAAGAAGGAAACAUGCUUGGAAAUAAAUUUAAGAGAAGAAGUAUUCUCCUGAAGACUCUGUAUAAACUAGUUGAUGUUGGUUCAGACUUGCUCAGCCUUAAACUUGCAAAAAUUAUCCUUGCACUAAAAGUGAGUAGAAAGAAUCUACUUAAUGUCUGCAAACUUAUAUUUAAAAUUAGCAGGAAUGAGAAGAACGAUUCACUGAUUCAAAAUGACAACAUCCUAGAAUCAUUAUUAGAGGUACUAAGAAGUGAAGAUCUGCAAACUAACAGUGAAGCUUUUUUAUACUGUAUGGGGACUAUUAAAUUUAUUUCCGGGAAUCCAAGAUUUCUUAAUGAAAUGAUCAGCAAAGGUGCCGUGGAAAUAUUGACAAAUUUGGUAAAGCAAAUAAAGGAGAACAUCAAGAAAUGUGAGACAUGUUUGCCUAAUUCAGGCCACUUGUUAGUCCAGGCAACUGCCACAUUAAGAAACUUGGUUGAUUCACCGCUAGCAAGAAGUAAGUUCUUGAGCAUCUGCACCCUUCCCCAGCUCUGCACAGUGAUGGAGCAGUACAUGGAUGACAAGGACGUCUGUACCAAUAUUGCCAGAAUAUUCAGCAAACUAACUACUUAUCGUGACGGCUGUGCAGCCUUGGCCAACUAUUCCAGAUGUUAUGCCUUAUUUUUGAAUCUGAUAAACAAAUACCAGAAUAAGCAGGAUCUAGUUAUUCGUAUUGUUUUUAUUCUUGGCAACCUGACAGCAAAGAAUAACCAGGCUCGGGAACACUUUUACAAAGAGAAAGGGAGCAUGGAGACACUGCUCUCAUUAUUCCAGACCUUCUACCAACUCGAUCUGCAUUCGCAGAGGCAGGCACCUCCAGGAGCCGAUCGGCCUGUCGCUCAGAGGCCACAAUCAGAGGUGGAGGACAUACUCAUCAAGCUGACCCGUGUGCUGGCCAACAUAGCCAUUCACCCGUGCAUUGGCCCAGCUCUGGCCACCAAUCCACAAGUCGUGGGCCUGCUGCUGACCACACUGGAAUACAAGUCCCUCGAUGAGUGUGAGGAGCUGGUGAUCAAUACUACAGCAACAAUCAACAAUUUGUCUUUCUACCAAGUGAAGAAUUCCAUAAUCCAAGACAAAAAGCUAUCUAUUGCUCAAUUGCUCUUAAACCUUCUUGUGAGUAACAACAUGGAUGGAAUCCUGGAAGCUGUGCGUGUUUUUGGAAAUCUCUCCCAAGACCACGACAUCUGUGAUUUCAUUGUGCAGAACAAUGUACAUAAAUUCAUGAUUGCGCUGCUGGAUGCUAAGCAUCAGGACAUUUGCUUUUCUGCCUGUGGUGUUCUCCUCAAUCUCACUGUGGAUAAAGACAAGCGGGUCAUCCUCAAAGAGGGAGGCGGCAUUAAAAAGUUGGUGGAUUGUUUAAGAGAUUUUGGUCCUACUGAUUGGCAGCUGGCCUGCUUGGUUUGCAAAACUUUAUGGAACUUCAGUGAGAAUAUCACAAAGGCUUCAUCGUGCUUUGGAGAUGAAGACACCAACACACUCCUAGUCCUGUUGUCAUCAUUUUUAAAUGAAGAACUAGCACUGGAUGGCAGUUUUGACCAAGACCUAAAAAACUAUCACAAACUCCACUGGGAAACAGAAUUCAAACCCGUGGCACAGCAGCUUCUAAACCGAAUUCAGAGUCACCACACCUUCCUGGAGCCCUUGCCUGUUCCCUCUUUCUAACACGACACAGAUUAACAAGAGAAAAACAGGAAGUCAGGUCUCCCUCAUUCUUAAGAAGUGGUAACAACUGUGAACAUUUUUCAGUAUUAACAAAUAUCGAAUGUUUUUUCAAAUACCAAUUUUAAUGAGUAGCCUGAACAUUUUAGAAAGAAAUAAGCAUUUCCUCUUGUUAGGUAUUAUAAAAAAAAUUCAUAUACAUGUUAUAUUUUCUGCUAUGAGAAAUGUGAGAUGAAAAAUAUAUGCAUUUUUAAGUAAAUAAUUUUUUCUUCUCUAUUAAAAAAUUUAGUGCUAGUCUUAAGAUCCCAAUUUAACAAUUUUGGAAUUCCAGUGCUCACCAGUUCAUUAAGUUAAAUGGACUAGGCAAUGGAGAUUGUUAAAUUUUGUCUAUGAAAAGAAUAGUGGUCAACAUGAAUGGAACAUGUUAUCAUAGAAAGCAUCUGUACUAAUUUUUAGUAUGUCUAAAAAUAAAUUUUCUGAUUAGGUACCAGUAUUUUUCUGUCCUCAUAUUAAGAGAAGGAAUAAAUAGGAAAAGCAGAGAAUAUUGCUUUGAACCAUCUACUCUUUAGUAAAUAAGUAAACUAGAGGAAAAAAGAAUAUUUUUCUCUUUUCAUUUGAAAUAAAAUGAUUUGAUUAGACACUACUUGUAACUCUGUGUCUAGAGAGUGGAUAGAAUGCAUUAGAAUGAGUGCAGGCUUAGGUUUAUGACAGUCCUAUUUGAAUCCUAGCACUCCCAGGCUAGCUGUGUGGACCUUGGGCAAGUAAGUUAAUUUCUUGGGUUUACAUUCUAAAUUAAGAACAAUAUCUAUUUAAAGUACAGUUUAGAAUAGACCAUCAAGUGGGACAAUUGCCCAGUCCAGUGCACAAUUUGCAGUAGGUGCUCACUAAGUUACAACAUUAUCAUGGCAAUUAGUCUGCCAUUCUUUGUAUGAUAAAUUUGACCUUUGAAUAAAUGACUAAAAGACAA